AUGUCCAUCCUCGAUAACCGGCUCUGCGUAUCACGGAGAAAACGGUCCACUCAAGUGAUAUGGUCAUUAGAUUCUUCAGGCGGCAGCAAGACAUGGAAGAAAAUGUGUUCGCUAGAUCUCACAAAUACUGUGUCUUGGUUCGGGGAAUGUCACCUCUUACCGAUCGCCAUUCUGGACAUAAAUAAGUUAUUACUUCAUAUUCAUGCACACAUGCAACCAUUGGUGAUAUAUGAUCUUCAUGCCAAAUCUUAUGAUUUACUCUUCCAACCUACCAGACUCAUUGGUGCUGUUUAUUAUUUCGAAAGUUUAUUCUCUGUUUUAGCAGACGCCUAA